AUGCCUUUGAAGGCCGUUUUCCUCAACAGCAUCCCUGGGGACACGCCUCUCAAGCACCUUGCGAAAUUUCGAGCAGCUUCAACUCCUGCAGGAAGAGAAGCUGCUCCUUCUUGUCAGGCGGGCUUGGAAAACGAUGCGCACAGAAGAAACAUUUUCCAGUCCACUUUACUUCCCACUGGUGGCUCUUGUAAGGAAGGGUUCCUUAACAUCACUGCCAUAAAGCCAGUCUCUGGCGGUGGGUCAGGGUGGCUUGCCGUUCACCCCAAAGAGGAAGCUGUGACAAAGAAGGUGCUGCUGAAGCGUAAAGCGUGUGAGCCGUUGUCCCUCGAAUCUCCAGCAAAAUCCUCCUCCAGAACGCCAUUGAGGGCGGCCAUUGCCCACCAGCAGAAGCAGCUGACGGGGAGGCAACUGUCGGACACCCAGAGCACCGCAGAUUUCAUUGUUUCUCCUACUAGACAUCUGAACCCUUUGGAAAGGCAGGAUAAAAAAAUCAUGGCUGUGAGCGCACCAAAGGAAGACCUGUUCAAGAAGCCUCUCGGAGAGCCCAGAGCACAUUCUUCACCUUACCAAGCCAAGCAAAAUGGUCCCCUUUCAGCUCCAGCGAAGCAGCCUGUAACAACAUCUUAUGCAGCUGAAGAACAGCUAAAUGAUCUCAGUGAAGGGUAUCCGAACACCACCUGUGGUCAGGAUGAUGCUUUUCUCUUGGAAGUAACAGAAUUGGAAAAUGACACCUUUAACGCUAAUGCCGCAGAUGUGACCUGUGGUCCAGAUCCUCACAUGCCACUUGCUAGGCUUCCUCAAGAGGAAAAGGCUUUGCCGGAAUGCAACCAGAAGCCAGGCCAGAGCGGGGUGCCUGUGUUGGAGGCCGAACAUCAGAGGGCUUCACAAGACUUGCGGGAUAUACUUGCUACUCCAAAAGUCCAUAUACCCAGGAAACAAAAACCAGCUGAUGCAACUUUCAAGGUGCCCUCGAGUGUCCCAUGCAGGGAUACAGCCUACGGCAACACACCUGAGGAGGUGCAGCAGCAAAUUGUUCUCAGCCACUGGAGACUCAAGGUGCUGAACGACACCAAGGUGAUCCUGGAAGGAAAACGAAGAGGGAUGAAAGACAUUUAUUGGCACAGCAAUGCGAUUGUGGAACGAAUUGCGCACAACCAAGUUAAAACCUCAUCUGGAAACGUCUAUGUCUUAGAAGGCCAAAUGGAUGCAGCUACCAUGAGGAAAGAAGGAAUACCAACAAAAUUCAUAACGAAGUUUGCGUUUGGAAUACCAAAAAAUUGGAAAGCAUACGUUCACGAUCUACUCCAUUCUUUGAAGAGGAAAGUGCAAAAAUCCUAUGAUUCAUGUGAAGAUAAUGAUGAGACAGAAGAUUCCGUGCAGACACCAGAAGGAGCAGGCGGGGAAGAGCCACCUCCCAAUAUUAAGCGGAAACAAAGAACAAAAAACUGCACUUAUGAAGUAUUGCAACUGAAGAACAGAAAACAACUCGGCAAGCAGCAAAAGACACCCCAAUUGCAGCAUGACCCCAACGCCAGCUUCACCCGUAGCGGCCGGCGCGUUAAGCCCCCACUACAGUACUGGUGCGGUGAAAGGAUCGUUGUUGAUCAGGGGCUAAAUGUGACGAUUACCAAAGGCAGCAUCAACUACUUGACUCCUAUCCAGUACAAGGAUCCAGAACACACGCACACUAUGAAUGGCCAAGGGACCAAUAUUUACAUCUCAAAAUGGGUCCUGAGGCGGUAUGAGACAGUGAGCAGUGCAAGACCUCAGCACACGAAAAACCUCCGCUCCCCAGAGGAGACUGGACAGGGCAGUGUCAGUACGGGAGUGAAUAGUAAAAAACCAAAGAGCGUCGGAAAAGUGGUGGAACCUGGAGGCAAGGAAAAGCCACCGCAUUUUGUCUCGGACUCUGAAGAAAAUACACAGGAUCUUUCCCCCGAGGACAUUUGCAGGAAACGGGCUGUCAUUACCCUGACCCCACUGAACUGCAAGAAGGCGAGCGAGAAGAGCAGCUGGCCCCCGAGGAAGCGAGCUGAGCCGUUGGAAAGCAACGGGGGCAGAGAAAGCGUGGACAGAGAGCCCGCCCACAGAGAGCCAGCCCACCUCAAGUACAUGCUGCGAUCACAGAAACAGCCUCGCCAAAAGGAGCCAGGUGCAGAAAACUCCACAGAGGGCAGCGACUCGAGUCAAGAUUUCCCAGUUAUCAGGAGGAAAGCGCAGCCCUCGUUCAGGAGGGAGGUGCCCAACUUGAAGUCGGUGCCUGACAAAAAGCAGCCCAGCGAUAUAAAGAAGCUGCCUUCUGCGCCGGAGAGAAAAGAAGACCCUCCUGGCCCUUCCUUGCAAAGCAGGCCGACAGGGGCCAUGUCAUCUUGCCAGAAUGGCAAGCCGGAAAGCCCGUCUCCUUCCAGUUUGGCCAACGGCUCUCCUGGACUCCAAAGGUGGAGCCGACAGCGUUUGCGUCAAGGAAGCCGGAAGUGCAAGAAAUACAUCUUUGAACCAGAGUCGGAAAGUGAAUCCAGCCCCGGGGAUUUUGAAUUCAGAAGGGAAAAGGGGAAGGCUCCUGGCCAGAGAGUCGACCGAGCGGAGCCCAGCAGUGCCAAGUCCUCAGCUGCAGCAGCAGGAAGCACGUCGGAGAAGAGGCGGGAGCGGGAUGGCGGGGGCUGGCUUUCUGACGGCAGCGAAGUCUGGACCGAGGCAGAACUGCAGAAGCUGCACAGGGCUGUGGCUUCUUUCCCAAAACACCUGGGCGGGUUCUGGCUGCGCGUGGCCGAGGCUGUGGGGUCCCGAUCGGCUGAAGAGUGCCAGCAGAGGUACAUGGCAGAGCAGGAAGGCAGAAAGCAGGCCCCGAAGAAGAUCACCAAGACUGGGCAGAAGGAAGACAAAGGUACGGGGCUCUCACCUUCUAAGCAGCCAGCGAUCAGCGCCAAAGUGGGGACGCUUAAAAGGAAGCAGCAGAUGCGGGACUUCCUGGAACAGAUGCCCAAGGACAACCACGAGGACAUCUUCAGCGCAACACCCUUCCAGAACAGAAACACAAAGUUGCCGCAGUUCCACACGGUCCAAGAGGAGGAUAUCUUCCAGCUCAAAGACAGCCGCCCCAUCACCCCCUCCUCUGCCAUCUUUCCUCUGACGAAGACCCCGCAGUGUGAGCACGUCACCCCUGGCAUGCUGGCACCUCUGGACAGGAAAGACCAUGACAAGCACGUCUACCACCUGCAAAAGAACCUCAAGGGCAAGGAACAGACAUGGAACAACGUGAAAAGGAAGCCGGCUGGGCCCAGUUUUGGUACACCAACCUCUCGAAGAAUGAACAUCUUUACCUAUGAUGAAGGUUCCCCUGCCCAGCUGAACUCAAGGCCUCUUUUCCCGGCAGCGAGAGGCUUCCUGCCUGAUGAAGAAGAGGACGAGGACUUGUAUUUUUCCACGUAG